AUGGCUGAAGAAGAAAUCGUGAAAAUCAAUCGAAAAUUACAAAAAAUGAUCGACAAAUCCGAUGUCGAUGAAAGCAUCGCUCGGGAUUUACUCGGUCGUUUACAAGAAUCACGUAUUACACUAGGUAUCUUACAAAAAACGGGUAUUGGAAAAACAGUCAACAAUUUACGAAGAUUGAUUGCAAGUGAAGAUGUGUCAACUAUUGCCAAAGGUCUUUUGAAAAAUUGGAAAAAACUUGUACCUGAAACAACAGCGGCAAAUAAAGAUGAGAAGCAAACGGCAUCAGCAAGUGGUAGUAGUAAUAAUAAUAGUCAAAAUUCUCAAGAAACAAAUGUAAGUAGUGGAAAAAAUAGUGAUUCAAGCAAAGCAUCAGAACGACAACCGUCGAAAAGUGCUUCUUCAACAACUGGAGCAUUGUCCAUGGUGGAGUUACCGGAAGGUUCUGCCGAUCCAGUUGAAUUAGCAGCACGAUGUGAAGACGCGAUUUAUAACGAAUUAAAAGAUACAAGUGUGAAAUAUCGCAAUCGUAUCCGCAGUCGUGUAGCAAAUUUAAAAGAUGCAAAGAAUCCUAAUCUUCGUAUCAACGUUCUUCUCGGUUUGAUAACUCCAGAACGACUUGCUAUUCUCACCGCCGAAGAAAUGGCAAGUGAUGCACUGAAACAAGAACGGACGAAAUUAACCGGCCUUGCUAUUAAUGAAUAUCAAUUGGCGACAGAUGAAGGCACGGGUACAGAUCUCAUUCAAUGUCGACGUUGUAAACAAAAUAAUUGCGCGUAUACAGAAGCUCAAACGCGAAGUGCGGAUGAACCAAUGACAUUAUUUGUUUUUUGUAAAAACUGUGGAAAUCGUUGGAAGAUGUGA